AAUUGGGGGAGUGGUAAGGAUAGUAAAUGGGGCAUAUCGUGGGUCAAACGCUAGGUUGUUGGGUGUGGAUACAGAGAAGUUUUGUGCAAAGGUGCAGAUAGAGAAGGGAGUGUAUGAUGGGAGAGUGCUUAAGGCUAUCGAGUAUGAGGAUAUAUGCAAAGUUGCUCAAAAGGAUGAAGGUCACUGUAGUUUCACGCAGUGGAAGAGAGUUUAUCAAAGGAGGCCUUGAGCUUCAUGACUUAGCUACUGUGGCUGAUUUGCAGGAGGCAAUUCACAAGAGAACAGCUAAAAAGUUCUAUCCUUCAAGACAAAGACUCACGCUUCCAGUGCCAUCAGGUUCAAAGGUGCGGCCUGUUGUUCUUAGCUACAAGAAGAGUCUCAAAGACUACUGUGAUGAAAACCAAAACAACAUAACUGUAGUGUUCAAGGACCUGGGUCCACAAGUAUCUUAUCGUACACUUUUCUUCUUUGAAUACUUGGGUCCUUUGAUCCUCUAUCCCAUCUUCUACUACUUCCCUGUGUACAAGUUCUUUGGCUAUGAAGGGGAGCGUGUCAUCCACCCUGUUCAAAUAUAUGCUUUAUAUUACUGGUGUUUCCACUACUUCAAACGUAUUAUGGAAACAUUCUUCGUCCACCGCUUCAGUCAUGCAACAUCUCCACUAUCAAAUGUCUUCAGAAACUGUGCUUAUUACUGGACCUUUGGAUCUUACAUUGCUUACUAUGUAAAUCACCCACUUUACACACCUGUUAGUGAUCUUCAGAUGAAGAUUGGUUUUGGGUUUGGGUUGGUUUGUCAACUUGCAAACUUCUAUUGUCAUAUCAUUCUGAAGAAUCUACGCAGCCCUGAUGGUAGUGGAGGGUAUCAAAUUCCUCGUGGGUUUCUGUUCAACAUUGUGACAUGCGCAAAUUACACAACAGAGAUUUACCAAUGGCUGGGUUUCAAUAUUGCUACACAGAGUGUUGCAGGUUAUGUAUUUCUUGUGGUUGCUACUUCUAUUAUGACAAAUUGGGCCCUUGCAAAGCACCGCCAUUUGAAAAAGCUAUUUGACGGUAAGGAAGGAAGGCCGAAGUAUCCGCACAGAUGGGUAAUUCUCCCUCCAUUCCUGUAGAAUUGAUGGGUGAGCCUCCUAUUCAUUGGUCUUUUUGAUAUAAGUUUCUGUUCUAAAAGCAUGGUUUCAAGUUCAUGGAAGAUCAAUUCUUGCCAUAUAUGAACUUAAGAUCACUCCUCACAAAAUUGUUUGGAUUGAUUUUAGGUUUCUGUUUAGACAAUGUACUGCAUCUGGAAUGCAUUAGAAUGGUUUUUUUAUCUCUCAUAUUUAUUCCUCAAAUCAGAUCAACUUGCUCUUCUGUGUAAAAGAAAAACAAUUUUUCUAUUUAUAGAUAAUCAUUAGUGUUGUUGUUUGAAUUGAUUA